GCCGCGGCUCCGGUGUGGAGGGCGGGCGUCAGUCGGGGGGCGAGUGGCCGAUAGACUGACGCCCCGAAGUGACACGCAGGGCGGCUCCGCCUCUCCGCGCCGUGCCCUGCCCCGCCGGCGAGCCCCGUAGGCCUAGCCCGACCGCUAGUCGUGCCUUAGCGCCGCCUCCACCUGGUGUUCCAGGAGCAGAGUUACACUUCAAAGUGAAGUGUCAAAAUGGAAGUUAAAGGAUAAUAACUGGAAGAAAAUAGAGAAGGACAAACUCUGGAUUAAGGGUGCCUGGUGGAGAAUGCAAUGGGAUCAAUAGCAUGUCUGCGGAAAGUGGCCCUGGGACAAGACUGAGAAAUUUACCAGUAAUGGGGGAUGGACUAGAAGCUACACAAAUGUCUACAACACAGGCACAGGCCCAACCCCAACAAGGCAAUACUGUAGCCAUUAACCCACCUCCACCAGAAACUGCAAAUCCUAACAGACCCAAGCGUAUGACCAACCAGCUACAGUAUCUGCUCAAAGUGGUGCUUAAGACACUAUGGAAACACCAGUUUUCAUGGCCUUUCCAGCAGCCUGUGGACGCUGUCAAACUAAACCUCCCUGAUUAUUAUAAAAUUAUUAAAACUCCUAUGGACAUGGGAACAAUAAAGAGACGUUUGGAGAAUAACUUCUACUGGAAUGCUCAAGAAUGUAUCCAGGACUUCAAUACAAUGUUUACAAAUUGUUAUAUCUACAAUAAGCCAGGGGAUGAUAUAGUUUUAAUGGCAGAAGCUUUAGAAAAGCUUUUUCUCCAGAAAAUCUCUGAAAUGCCCCAGGAAGAAACUGAAAUUGUUAUAGUCCAGGCAAAAGGAAGAGGACGUGGUAGAAAGGAACCAGUUACAUCCAAGGCAGGAGCAUCAACGAUACAGAAUACAACGCAGACAUCAUCCCCAGCUCAGACACAAGCUCCACAGCAGAAUCCUCAGCCGGUGCAAACAACUCAUUCCUUUCCUCCUGUGACCCCUGCUGACCUUAUUGUUCAGACGCCUGUAAUGACUGUGGUGCCUCCCCAGCCUCCUGCCCCACCGCCACCUCCUGCACCUCCAGCUUCAGCCCCCCAGCCCAUUCAAACACACCCACCAAUUAUCCCAACAACUGCACAGCCCAUGAAGACAAAAAAGGGUGUAAAGAGGAAAGCAGACACUACAACUCCAACAACAAUAGACCCAGUUCAUGAAUCCUCAUCACUGCCCACUGAACCCAAGUCUGCCAAGACGGGUCCACGAAGGGAAACUCGACCUGUGAAGCCUCCAAAGAAAGAUGUUCCAGACUCUCAGCAGCACGUGGUAGAGAAGAGUAACAGUAACAAAGUGUCAGAGCAAUUAAAGUAUUGUAGUGGCAUUAUAAAAGAGAUGUUUGCUAAAAAGCAUGCUGCUUAUGCAUGGCCCUUCUACAAACCUGUGGAUGUGGAAGCACUGGGACUUCAUGACUAUUGUGAUAUCAUAAAGCAUCCCAUGGAUCUGAGCACAAUUAAAUCCAAACUGGAGAACCGGGAUUAUAGAGAUGCUCAGGAAUUUGCAGCUGAUGUCCGAUUGAUGUUUUCCAAUUGCUACAAGUAUAAUCCUCCUGAUCACGAGGUGGUUGCUAUGGCACGGAAAUUGCAGGAUGUUUUUGAGAUGCGCUUUGCUAAAAUGCCAGAUGAACCUGAAGAACCCGUGAUACCAGCUUCCUCCCCAGUAGUGGUGCAGCCCCCUCCCAAAAUGCCCCCACCUUCGUCCAGUGAUAGCAGCAGUGAUAGCUCUUCUGAUAGUGACAGUUCAUCAGAUGAUUCCGAGGAGGAGCGAGCACAGCGGCUAGCAGAACUUCAGGAACAGCUUAAAGCAGUACAUGAGCAGUUGGCUGCCUUGUCCCAGCCCCAACAGAACAAACCAAAGAAGAAAGAAAAAGAUAAGAAAGAAAAGAAGAAAGAGAAGCACAAAAAGAAAGAAGAAGUGGAAGAGAAUAAGAAAAAUAAAACCAAGGAUCCUCCACCUAAGAAGGCCAAGAAAAGUAACAGCAGCAGCAGUAACUCAAGUAGUAAGAAGGAGCCUGUGACUGUGAAGAACACCAAGCCACCUCCUGCUUAUGAAUCUGAGGAGGAGGACAAAUGUAAGCCAAUGUCUUAUGAGGAGAAAAGACAAUUGAGCCUGGACAUUAAUAAACUCCCUGGUGAAAAACUAGGUCGGGUUGUCCAUAUCAUCCAGUCAAGAGAACCCUCACUCAAAAACUCCAAUCCUGAUGAGAUUGAAAUUGACUUUGAGACAUUAAAGCCAUCCACGUUACGGGAGCUGGAGAGAUAUGUAACAUCUUGUUUACGGAAGAAGAGGAAACCUCAAGCAGAGAAAGUGGAUGUAAUUGCUGGUUCCUCUAAAAUGAAGGGGUUCUCCUCCUCAGAGUCUGAGAGCACCAGUGAGUCCAGCUCCUCCGACAGUGAAGAUUCAGAAACAGAAAUGCCCCCAAAACUUAAGAAAAAAGGACAUUCUGGACGUGAACAGAAGAAGCAUCACCAUCACCACCAUCCACAGGUGCAGCAGCAGCAGCAAUUGCAACCCCAGCAGCUGCCACCGCCCCCACCACCUGUCCCUCAACAAGUAGCCCCUCCAGUCAAGUCCUCGCCUCCAGCUUUUGUUCCAGCGCAGAUCCCAGUUAUGGAGCAUCCACUCCCAGGGAACAUGUUUGACACUAUCUCACAUUUCACUCAGCCGAUUAUGCAUCUUCCUCAACCAGAGAUGCCUCCCCAUCUCCCACAGCAGCCUGAGCACAGCACUCCUCCUCACUUGAAUCAGCAUACAGUGGUGUCCCCUCCAGCUUUGCACAACGCUCUGCCUCAGCAGCCCUCCCGACCCAGCAAUCGAGCUGCCGCCCUCCCCCCCAAACCCUCUCGGCCUCCAGCAGUGUCGCCAGUUCUUAACCAGCAACCCAUGCUUCCCCAGCCUGCGCUCCCCCAGCCUCCCCAGGUUCUUCUGGAGGAUGAAGAACCUCCUGCCCCUCACCACAACCUGCCCCUGAGCAACAGCCAGAUGCAGCUAUACCUACAGCAGCUGCAGAAAGCGCAGCCACCAACGUCUCUCCUCCCUUCAGUGAAGGUCCAGUCGCAGCCUCAGCCACCCCUACAGCCUCCCGCUCAUCCUCCAGUGCAACAGUUGCAGCAUCAGCCACAGCAGAGGCCAGUACAUAUGCAGCCCAUGCAGUACCCUUCCCAUAUCCCUCAACCUCAGGCGCCUCCACAGCAGCACCUACCCCCGCAGCAGCAGCAGCAGCAGCAGCAGCAGCCACCACCCCAGCAGCCGUCAAAGCCCCAGCAAGUCAUCCAACACCACCCAUCACCGCGGCAUCACAAGCCAGACCCGUAUUCAGCCGGUCACUUGAGAGAAGCACCUUCCCCUCUCAUGAUGCAUUCCCCACAGAUGCCACAGUUCCAGGGGCUGCCACACCACUCUCCACCACAACCAAAUGUCCAGCCAAAAAAACAGGAACUGAGAGCAGCGUCUGUGGUUCAGUCACAGCCUAUGGUGAAAGAGGACAAGAUGCAAUCCCCAGUCAUCCGAAAUGAGGCUUUCAACCCAGCCUUGCGGCAGGACCCUCCCAAACACCCAGAAAGCAUCAAGCCACCUGCACAUAUCCAACAACGAACAGAGAUGAAGCCAGUGGACAGUGGACGGCCUGUUAUAAGACCCCCUGAGCAAAAUGCACCACCUGGAGUUCAGGACAAAGAAAGACAAAAGCAGGAACCAAAAACACCAGUUGCCCCUAAAAAGGAUCUAAAAAUAAAGAACAUGGGCUCCUGGGCAAGCUUAGUGCAGAAGCAUCCCACCACACCGUCUUCUACUGUAAAGUCUAGUAGUGACAGCUUUGAGCAGUUCAAGAGGGCAGCCCGGGAAAAGGAAGAGCGUGAGAAGGCCUUGAAAGCUCAGGCAGAACAAGCAGAGAAGGAGAAGGAGCGGCAGAGGCGGGAGCAAGAGAGAAUGAGGAGUCGUGAAGAUGAGGAUGCGCUGGAGCAAGCUCGCCGAGUUCAUGAAGAGGUCCGGCGGCGCCAGGAGCAGCAGCAGCAGCAGCAGCAUCAACAGCCUCAGCAGCAGCCACAGCAGCAACCACCUCCACCGGUGCCAGCUGCAGCUUCUGCUCCACAAGCACAGAGCUCUCAGCCGCAGUCUUCUCAGUCCAUGCUGGACCAACAGAGAGAGAUGGCCAGAAAACGAGAGCAGGAACGAAGGCGCAGGGAGGCAAUGGCAGCUACUAUUGACAUGAAUUUCCAGAGUGAUUUGUUGGCAAUAUUUGAAGAGAAUCUUUUCUAAUAGCACCUGGUUUUCUUCUCCUGACUCUUAAUUUCCCGGCAAAUCUUUGACUCUCCAUAGUGUUGUUGGCGGCUGGGAGGAGUGCAUUCCUGCAGCCUUCUGCAUGUAUGACAGUUGCGGCCUCAGAAGAAUCAGCAGAGUCUGCCUUACAAUUUGACUUUCUUCCCCACCCCCCCACCUCACUGAAGAAAGAGAGACCAAGACACAAGCUAACUCUGUACUAGGUUUGAGUCGGUGGACAUGCAGUAGCUGGGAAGGAUGCCCCUGAUCACUUGAUAUUCUCUAUGCCAAACUUACUUGCAGUAUAUCCAGGACUUUAUGCUGUUCACCCCUUUUCUAUUCAUAAGAAUUCUUGAGUUGCAGAAUGUCUGUGACCCUACAGUGCACAAGACACUCUGCAUUAAGAGGCUGUGUACACGAAGACCCUGCCUGGGCUUCAGCAGGGAAGACACACAAGCUGUUUUUGGUCCUUUCGUCACUGGCUUUGCCUUUAACUAAACUUCCCACAAGCCUUUAGCUGGGAGCCAUUCUCUGUAAGUGUUCGCUUGUGAAAAAGGGAAUAAUUUAGUGGAGGUGUCAAGUGUAACUGGCCAUUUGAGUGAGGUUUUUUUGUUUUAGCAUUGUGUGGAGGUCCAGGAAUCUGAGCUAGACUACCAACCAAAGUCGGUUUCUUUCAAUCUGUUUAUUUUCCUCCAGACGAAUUGGCACUGCUCAACUCUUGAGUGGGUAUUCUUGUCUCUUCAUUACGGAGUGGAGUGGAGUGGGGAAAACAUUAGCACCAGGGGAAGCUCCCACCCUGUCAAUAGUGUUUUGACUGUGGCUGUAUUGUAUAGUGAAUAUAGUUGGCAUAUAUUUGUUUGAGUUCUAACUGGUGAGCCCACCAAACUCUGUAAAGACACUGCUUAUAUUUUGCUCAGUUCCAGACUUUUAGUCUAUAUUUUUAACUGUAAUACCAGAAAGCUACAUUUUGGGUUUUUAAAUGUCAUGACGUCUGUUAAGGUUAGUUUUUAUACAGCAAAGGAGCAGCUCACAGGAGGGCAGGUGGUGGGAGUGGACUUGGGUCAGGAGGAAGGAAGCCCUGCUGCUGUUGCCUUCGGUUGAGCCUUCUCUCUCACACUUAGCAGUGAUCAGUUUCCCAGCACCUUUAGUGUGUUCUUUUCAUUUUACUCUUUGAAUUGUUCCAAGUUUAUGUGCCAUAAAUACCCACUAUACAGUACAAUACUGGUGUGUCAGUAUUGGCCAAGCUCUGGAGUAAUUAAUUGGUUUUACUUUAAUACGGUGAAUAUGCAUUUGGUCUGUACUGAUCAUGGAAUAAACUCAUCUCUUUUUU